AUGUUCGGGGCGGCAUCUACUCCUCAGCAGCCUACAUUCGGCGGCUUCGGCGGCCUGAGCAACAACACGAAUACCACCACGAACGCGCCAGGCACGCCGUCACUCACCCUCUCGCUCAACAACACCGGAUCGACGACAACCACUCCGUUCGGCGCCGGCACGCCAAACUCACUAGCAGUCCCCCCGUCGACGCCGCAACUUGGCGCAGCAGCAGCGCAGAGCAACGGGACGCCGCAGCAGGGCGGGUUGUUUGGUGGAUCUUCUACGGACGGUAGUCUGUUUGGCCAGCCGCCGAGCGCGAAGAGGCCUGCGUCGAGCGGCGCCGCGUUUGGCGGGUCGUCGACGAAUAACACUACGCCGGGGUCGUUUGCGCUCGGAUCUACGAACCCGACUGCGUCGACGGCGACGUUUGGUGGGUCGACGACAUUUGGCGCGAGUGGGCAGCAGGCGUCGAUCUUUGGUGGCCAGCAGCAGCAGCAGCAGCAGCAGCAGCCGCAACAACUACAGCCACAGCAGCAGCAGAUGCAGUCGCCGUUCGGGGGUGGUUCUCGGAUGAGUCUGUCGCAUUCGCAGUCGGUGUUUGAUCUACGAGGAACAGCUACAACGCCGUCGCAGCAGCUUCAAUCGUAUCAGCUGCAGCAACUCCAGCUGCAACAGCAACAGCAGCAGCAGCAGCAACAGCAGCAAAAGUCGAAUCUGCCGCAGUCGACGGUGGACUAUCUUACCUCGUCACCCUCGCGCUCCAUUCCAGCCUCGCCAUCGUGGAUGUCUGGCGCAGACUCGUCCGGGCGGAGGUUCGUGCCGAGCCACAUCGCGCACAUGAGGCAGAAGAACGCGCAGCAGAUGCACGCGAGCCAGUCGAGCUAUUUCUCGCCCUCGGGCGCAACAACGCCGUACGGGUCCCCGCUGACGACAGCUGCAUCCACACCGCCUGUCCCGCCGCCGACGCCGCUGAUGUCGUCCGGGCUAGGCCAGUCGUCGAGCCGGCUGAAUUCGCCGCUGAACUCUGCGUUGCGGCAUGCGUCGAGCAGUAAGAAGUUUGGCGGGCAGUCGUUUGGCACGCCGAAGCCGCAUCAUCUGCGAUCGAGCGUGGCCGCGGGGUCGGGCGCGGGUGGAGCAGGCGCGGGGGUGUCGAUUUACGAUUCCGGGUCUGCGUCGUCGUUUGCGUUCCAGAUGCCGCUGAAUACGACUAAUAGUCUGAGUUUCAGCGGUAGUAAUAACAACAACACGAGCAGCAGCGCAAACAGUUCAGAUUAUUCGAUGGAGAUCAGCACGUCGCCGAGCAAGAGCACAAUGUCACUCUCUUCCAAUGAGCAGCAGCAGCAGCAGCAGCAGCCGUCGAGCGUGAUGAUUUUCGGGUUCCCGCCAGAACUGACGCACGUCGUGGUCGACCACUUUUCGAAAUUCGGCACGAUUCUGGAACACCUAUCGACGAGUUCAUCAACGACGAGCGCGUCAGGCGAGGCAGCGCGGCCGCCGGCGCCGGUGGAGACGGGCAAGAACUGGAUCAAGAUCACGUACACGACGGCGAUGGCCGCGAACCGCGCGCUGAUGGAGAACGGGCAGAUGCUAGGCGGGCGGGCGGAUUACGUGCUUGGAUGCGUUGCAGUGCCGAGCGCAGGUGGUGCGCCGUCUUCAAAUUCUUCUUCGUCUAGUAGUGGGGUCUCGGGAAUUAAGCGCAGCGGGGCGCGGUCGGGGUUGAAUACGGCGCGGGGGCUACGGGACGAGCACUUGUUUACGCCGGAGAUGACGCAGGUGAAGGGAGGAAGUGGGGAGAUGGGGAUGUCGCGGACGACGUCGAUGCCGGCGGGAUUAUCCGCAGGAGGAGUAGGGGCAGGGGCAGGGGCAGGCGGAGCGGGGGGACGAAAGUUGGAGGUGAAAGGAGGGGAAGGGAUAUUCAAGGAGAAGGAGCGGAAGCCGUUGAUGAAUAUGACGCACUCGGUGACGUUGCGGGGGAUUGCGAGCCGGUUUAUGGGUGGCGAGGCCGGGGUUGCGGAGAAGCGGGCGAGCGAGGAGGAGCAGCGUGGAAGCAAGCGGGUGAAGAUUCAAGCGAAGAGCAGCGCGGGCGGCGGGAGUGGGCGGUCGUGGGUUGGCGCGUUGGGGAAGCGGGCGUCGGAGAUGAUAUUUGGGUGGGAUGAGCUGUAG